CAGGGUGAACAUCCAAUGAGAAUGUGUUUGGUCAUUGGAUUAGUGGAGCAAAUGUAAUUAACACACGUCUCUGUGAGGACUAAAACAACAGAGUCACUAUAACACUACACAGCUCAUCACUGAAACAAGCAAGAGACAGAUUGGCUUCUUGAACUUUCCAUUCUUCUGUCUUCACAAAAAGCAAAACAACUUAAGAGCUUAUCAAGCAUCUGGCUGUUGGCACAACAUGUCCUGUCUGGAUGGAGUGUCUCUAAAAAUCCCUCUUGGUUUCCUUAAGGAAGACCAGGAGGAGUUGAAGCUCAUCACAGCUCCUGAAAUCACUCUACCUGACUACCUGAAGAUACUGCAGGACACUGAGUACGUGUUCAGCCUGGAGAACUGGGUCCUCACAGGUCUCCAGAGCGGCUAUCAAACCCUCUGUCCACAGUCAUCAUGCGAGCAGAAGGCCACCUGUCCUCCUUAUUGGAUGAUGUUCAGAAGUCCUCAGGAGAGCAGGUUAGCCAGCCGCUGGAGCAGUGACUUCUGGGAGCCCAACCCUCGUCCACGUAGCCGCAGUUUAAAUGCGGCCCAUUACCGUGCGAUGAAGGAUCGAGUAAAAUGCGCCAUUUCCGAUUCAGAAGAUGAAGAAUUUGAAGGAGAUGGAGCUACUCAUCAUGAAUGCAGACAGGGCGGAAAGAAAGACUUAAGCACUUCUGGAUCAUCAAACUUCCUCAAGCUGCCUUGCACACAGCGUGAGUGGAAAAUGCGAAGAUCAUCCCUCUGCAAGUCUUACUUGCCCAAAAGAAAUCUCCAGAGGACCCAAAGGUCUGCUGGACAUCCAAACGUGUCCUUUAUGACAUCAAACAACUGCUUGCCGUCUGUAUGCAUUUCUAUGCCAAGGAACAACAAAGAGACUCCAAAGCCCCAGGGUUCACCGGCCCCAUCACGGUUACUUAAUUCCCACGCUGCUACCCUGGACUCUUCUGUCGAGCUGCUCUCGGCUCUCAGCCCGGAAGAGAGGGAGCUGCUGUCGGCCAUAACCGAGCGGGGUUACCCGCUCCGGACCGCCAUCAUCGCCCUGCAGAAGACGGGCCAGCAGAGCCCAGAGCAGAUUUUGAGAUAUCUGGUGGCUUGUGAUAGACUUUGUGAACUUGGCUAUGAUGAAGCACAGGUUGAAGAAGCGCUGGAGAUGUUUCAAAACUGUGAGACCAAGGCCGAGGAGUUCCUUCAUCUUCUUGCACAGUUUAAUGAAAUGGGUUUCCAGCAGAACACCAUUAAAGAGGUCCUGUUGGUGCAUGAGAACCAUAGAGAGCGAGCCCUAGAGGAGCUCAUGAACCGCAUGGCCUGACCAAUCACCUUUCCUGACAUGAAUUAACUGCUAUGAUGACAUUCAUAGCAGUCAAAUAGUUGUGGCUUAUUUAUUAUAUACUAAAAUUUGUAUAUUUGUUGGGCAUAGGGAUGUUCAUAUCAGUUCAUUUUCACGACCGACAACCGCAGCUUAUGCACCGAACAUUAACCGUUAACUUAUAAGAUUUUAAUAUUAAGUUGUCAUUAAGUAAAAAUACAGUUGACGGUUGACUGUGAACUAGUAAAAACAAAACAUUUCAUUUGAACGUGCAAACAGCAGCGAAAGACCAACAACAGAACCACGAUUCAUACAUUAUCAUAUAUUCAUGCAACAUUACCUUAUCAAAGAGCACGCGAUCAGUCCAGAGGAUUAAUAUCCAAAAAGGGCAGAUUGUCUCUUUUUCAUCUACCACAGUGGUCAUUUCUAAAGCAGGAUGCUUUUCAAAAAGUUUAGCUUUUGCGUCGUCUUUCUCCGUUUGUGCAAAAAGAGAGAUGUUUAUGGUCAGGGUCAGAGGCCAUCAGCGAACGUCUGUCCGGAUGUGCGCAAGACGGAGACGGACCGCGUAAUCUUGCGCGGACAACCGCGCGUCUCCGUUCAGCUUCCAAACACGCACACAAAUGAUUUCUCAUACAAAUGAUUACUUUAUCAGACCGUCAGGGCAGCAAUCAUUUGUGUCAUUUACAGGACAUUCACAAAUUAAAGAUGGGAAAGUGGCGAAAUGUCUGUCGGCUCAUGAAGACACGCACCGUGCGUUAACAAAUUUUUUCUCUUUUAACUGAUAAUGUUAUUCGGCCAUACAUUCUUACAUUCGGUUAACGGUUAAACGGUCAAUGUGAACAUCUCUAGUUGGGCAAUAGGCUGGAAGAGAAGCAAAGUUUCAACGUGUAGAAAUAACGAUGCAGUUCCUUUUGAACUCUUUUCCCGGCAUUGAUGAGUUAUCUAGUCAAUUAAGAGACAUUUCCCUGCCAAUGCACUUUCCUGGCAAGUUUUUAUGGUAAUCUGUAAUCCCGCUAUUAUCCACUAGAUGACGCAAUUUAUAAAAAACUGAAGCAAAAACAAAAUUUUCAACAUUUAAAACUUCGUGUUUGUUUUGAUAAUCAUUCUGAAUCUGAUCUCUAACAAUGCAAUUAUUUCAGUUUUUUGUUUAAAAUUUUGUAUUCUUUUAAGAAACCUACCCAUAUUUAAGAGGUUAUAAAAAGAGAACAAAUGAAGAUAUGAUCACAAUUUUUUUCGGUUUUGAUUGUUUGAUUGAAAGCAGAUAGUCUGUUCUUUCAUUUGAUAUAUUUGUAUGUUUAUAUAUUUAUAGAAGAACAUUUUCCUGGAAGGCAUUUUGUGAAACUUUUGAAAAUAACAAAAAAUGCUGGCGGGUAAUGAGAAUUUUUUUCAAUGUUAUUACGUUUCCUUUGUCUUUGCAGUAGCAAUAAAACUUUGCUUUUGCUGCUUUAUUUACAGAAAUGUAAACCAUGGGAAUUUAUUAUGUUAAUGUUUUAUUCAUAUUUCAUGAAUAUGUUCAUUAUUUUACUACGUUAUUUAUUAUCCAGGGUUCCCAAAGGUAAUUGAAAUCCUUGAAAGUUUAUGAAUCUGGGGGAAAAUUCAAGGCCCUGGGAAGUUUUUGAAGAUAUACAUACAUAGAUACAGGUCAUUGAAAGUGUUGAAUCUAUUUUAUGCAAGACGUUUUCUGGAAAAAUCCAUAUUAUUCCCUGUGUAGUGUAGGAUAAUAUCAUAAAAAUUCUAGACUUUUUAAGCACACGUGCUAAACUGUUUGCUUUAAAUGCUUAUAUCUUCUGUUUGCGAAUGUUGAUUCAUACCAAAAUGCUUUUUUGCAUAGUUGUGUUUGACACAUGAAAACGUCUCUGCUUACGUAUGUAACUGUUGUUCCCUGAGAAGGGAACGAGACGCUGCGUCUCCCUUUCCAUGAUUCCUGCGUCCCUGUAACGCCGUCUUUGGCAAUAUUUCAGAUAGCGAUAUACUUCCUGGCUCCCGCGUCCCCCUGUCUUUGUCAUUAAGCCUCACAAUUGGUUGAAUUUGAUAUACACAUUCAGACGCACUUACCCCUGGAGGUGUCCCCAAAGUGUCACCGCAGUGACGCAGCGCGUGUUCCCUCAAAAGGGAACUGUAACAAUGUAUCUUAAAAGGUAACACGAUGUAACCUUGCUCUCACUUGAAAUGUGUCCUCACAUUUAGUCCUUGAAUUUGAAGUUAACUAAGGUGUGGGAACGCUGAUUAUCAUUCAUGCAUCCUGUUAUUAUAUUUGCCUUAGAAUUGUUUAAAACAUAAACAAAUUUAAGCAAUCAUAGGUGUUUUAAGAAAGUGUAUACUAUAAAAUACAGAUUACAAGACAAUUACAUUGAAAAAUAGAGCCUGUGGCAUCAAAUUAAUGUUUUAGGUUUUCUACUGUAUAUAAUGCUUUCAUUUAUAACAUGCUGAAAAGUGAAAAAGUUUAAUUUGUCGUAUUUUGGUCUGCCCUUAUCUCCCGUAUUUAAUGUAUAUUUGUUAAAUGUGUUGUGUAUAUGAUGCAUUAAAAGUGUUUUACUUAAUAGUUUGUUUAAUGUAAGUAACAUUUGCCUACAUAUUUAUAAUAAAUUGUAGAGCACUUUUGUUUAAAAUGAUGUACACUACAGUUCAUCUGUGAACUAAAGCUGUUAACAUUAGCAGAUGAGUGAAUAACACAGACCUGGCAACAUCUGUAUGUUCUUUUAUUAAACUGCCAAACUCUUGGACCCAGUG